AUGACUUUAGAAAAUACUGUUCAGUACCAAGUGAGUGACAGGAGUAAUGUUAAUUUUGUUCAACAGGAAAGCCAAUUAAAUACUCAUAUGAGAAGGUUUACUCGAAAAAAUUAUAUGAACGACUCAAAGCAAUUUAAGGCUUUUUAUGAAAAGAAUAAUGGUAAAACUGACCGAAACAAUAAUAUGAGCAGCCCAAAGCAAGUCGUCCGUAAGGUUAGCUUUGUUCAACAGGAAAGCCAAUUAAGCAAAGCUCUUUAUAAAGAAAAUAGGUAA